AAUUGGACUUAUUUAACUAAUUAACUCGUCUUCUUACGUAACUCGUGUAAUCUACGCGCACUCGCUAUGUCUACUACUUCCUUACUCGUGCUGUUGCUCUCUGAGUUUAGGCUUUUCUUUUCGCUCGCCAGACGGCUUCUUCUCACAGAAUCGGCUCAAUAUGAUCAGCUGGUGUACCCUUACUUCUCUUACUUAUCUAUCGCAAGUCCCUAUCCUAGGAGGCAAUGCGCAACCCAAUAGUUCUCAGCUUAUCGACAUCGUUCCUAGGCGCGAGGUUCUCUACGUUGGCGGACAAUACACAAACACUACAGACCACGUUACCAAUUCGACAUCACUGGCUAUCGUAGGGCAGAUUUAUGUCGAGAAGCUGUCUCCACACCCGGCCCCGGCGAAUUCGCCAAUUCCUAUAAUCUUCAUUGCAGGCGCAGCUCAGACGGGUGCUAACUUCCUUGAUACCCCAGACGGGCGGCCAGGAUGGGCAUCCUAUUUCAUCUCCAAAGGUCACACUGUCUACCUCUCAGACCAGCCUUCACGAGGCCGUUCCUCCUGGUUUCCUGGGCAGGGAAGUAUCGGGUACAUUGGCUCCCCCGAUUCUGUAUCUGAUAUCUUUACCGACGCAGCAAACAACGGCAAUCAAUGGCCACAGGCGAAGCUUCACACGCAAUGGCCUGGCACCGGUCGCAUGGGUGACUCAACUUUCGACACUUUUUACAGGAGCCAGAUGCAGUACCAAACUGAUCGCUUCAUAAGCGAAGAACAAAACGCCCAGGCAUAUUCAGCUCUAGUAGACAUCGUAGGUGAUUGUUAUAUCAUUAGUCACUCGCAGGCGGGUGCAUACGGCUGGAGGGUUGGAGAUAUGCGAUCGGACCUUGUCAAGGGUAUUGUCCAGCUCGAACCGUCUGGUCCACCGUUCACGCUGCGCCCACCGUUUGGAAACGACCCGGCUUUCGCUUUCGGCCUCACCGACCUCCCAAUCGGGUACGAACCGUGUGCAAACAAGAAUGCCAGAAACAUCGAAACUAUCAUCGAGCCAGCAAUCGACGCCGACCACAACGAGUGCAUUAUGCAGAACUCUCCAGCUAAACAGUUGACAAAUUUGGGCAAAAUCCCAGAACUUGUUAUUACUGGUGAAGCAUCGUUCCAUGCGCCAUACGAUUACUGCACCGUCAAGUAUCUGGAGCAAGUCGGCGUAGACGUGGAGUAUGCGGAUCUAGGGAAGGAGGGCAUUCAUGGUAACGGACACAUGUUCUUCAUGGAGAAGAAUAAUCUCGAGAUUGCAGAGCGGGUGUAUCAGUGGCUUGAAAAGCACUAGCAAACGCAAGGUAGAGAGUCUGUAAAUGUCAUGUUUAUAACUUCUUGAUAGCUACAACGUACGCUCUCUUAAUGCUGUAUGAAGUUGUAUCUUGGCAUACUAGUUCUCUGGCCACAUACCAGUAGGAGUUAAGUUAAAGGUGCUGGUGGAGAGUGUACAGGUGUGUUUCAAGGUAAGAGUGAGACGGUGUAUUACUAAACAUAAUCGUUAGACAUUGUUCUGCAUCUAUAUCAGGUGCCCUA